AUUGUCUAUGGCAUCAACUUCUUUCGCCAAGCAGACACUAUUGCCUGUCAAAGAACCAGUUUCUAACUAUAAUCCAUAUCCCCCACCUCUUGCAAGAUAUGAAGAUGUUGCAGGUAGUCCAAAACUUUUCUUGGCUACUUUGGAGAAGCUCCAUGCUACUAUGGGAACCAAGUUCAUGAUUCCCAUCAUAGGAGGAAAGGAGUUAGAUUUACACAGACUUUUUGUGGAGGUAACAUCUCGUGGUGGCAUUGAGAAGAUUAUACGAGAGCGGAGAUGGAAGGAAGUGACUGCUAUUUUCAACUUUCCCUCCACUGCUACAAAUGCAUCUUUUGUGCUGCGAAAGUAUUAUGUUUCUCUGCUUCAUCACUAUGAACAAAUCUACUUCUUUAAAGCUCAUGGGUGGAUCCCCGUUUCUUCUGAUCCUUUUCGAAACCCACCCAUUACGCAUAUUCCUACCCAAGGGGCGGUGCAGCCAGUCUUAGAAAUUCAUGCAGCUGCUGUCCAGCAACCAAGAGUAAAUCUCACCGAGUCUCCUGCAGUUGGUACGGCAGUAAGGCCAGCAUCAACAGCAGGCGCUCCCGUGAUUGGGGUCAUUGAUGGGAAAUUUGAGAGUGGCUAUCUUGUUACUGUCACCAUUGGCUCAGAGAAGUUAAAAGGUGUCCUUUAUCUAGCUCCACAGGAUGCAGCACCCCAAGAGCCAUUCCAAUAUAAUUUAUUUGCCAACAAGAGUGAUAACGCUCCUUCUUCAUUGGUUGUGCAACGGCGGAGGCGCAGGAAGAAAUCUGAGAUAAAAAGGAGGGAUCCUGCUCAUCCGAAACCAAACAGGAGUGGAUAUAAUUUCUUUUUUGCUGAGCAACAUGCAAGACUUAAACCACUUCACCCUGGAAAGGACAGAGAAAUCAGUAGAAUGAUUGGUGAAUUAUGGAACAAGUUAACCGAAUUAGAAAAAGCAGUUUAUCAGGAGAAAGCUCUUAAAGAUAAAGAAAGAUAUAGAAUUGAGAUGGAGGAUUACAGGGAAAGAUUAAGGACCGGCCAAGUUAUAAGUGAUGCACUACCCCUACAGCAACGAUUUCCAAAACCGGAUGUAGAAAUGGCAGAAGCACAUAUGAAGGUUGAAGAAAUUGAAGGUGGUGAUUCUCCUCAAACUCCAGAAAAUGAUAGCAGCUCUGAUGGAAGUGAUUUUGAAGAUGAUAAAACUGCAUAUAAGGAUUUAGACAUGGAAGAAUCUCCCAUUGGCGGAGUAGGUGGUGAAUCUAUGAAUAUAAAUGUAGAGAUUCCAGCUGAGCCAGAGAUUGAGCUGUCUAAGCUUGAAGAGAAUGUUGAAAAUAACGAGGUUGGAAAGUUCAAUAUCGAGGGUGAAGAGAACUUGGGGAAUACUUGGUCAGAGACAAACAAAGAACCAAUACCAAAUGAAGAGCACUAAAAUUUGCUAGGGAUGAAGUUAGGUUGGGUAUCCUUGUGCUCGUUCUGGCUUGCCUGAGGAUAGAU